GUGACGAAUCAAAUUUACUGUAAGUUCGCUCAUCUCUAAUUCUAACCAAUGAGCAGAACUGUGAAUGCAGCUCUGCAGUAUAAACCGAGCGGUAGCUCAGUAUUCUAUAUCCAGAAGAAAAUGCUCAAUAAUAGGUCAGAGGUUGCGGAGCAGCUGUAUAUUGUUUAUAGAGAGACUGGAGUCCAAUUUCAACAGGCGGGACCAACACAAGGGUUAAAUAUUCUCUCAGUGGUCGAGAACCUGCAGUUCAUCGCACAGGGACAGAAGAGAGUGGAAGGAUCUGGCCGCGUCCUCCACGGUUUGACCUACACAAUGGAAGCCAUCUUGGUUCUUCUGUCUGUUGUGGUCAUCCUAUUUGUGGCCAGUGUAUAUAAGAGUCAGAAGAAGAACAAAUAUGCCAAUCUUCCUCCUGGGCCCAAACCUUUACCGAUUAUUGGAAACCUGCACAUGAUCGAUACACGGAAACCUCAAAAAUCAUUCAUGGAGUUAUCAAAGAAGUAUGGGACAGUAUUCAGCGUCCAUCUUGGCACACAGAAGUUUGUUAUCCUGUGUGGUUACGACACAAUUAAAGAUGCCCUUAUCAACCACGCUGAAGAAUUCUCUGGAAGGCCACGCACAGCAAUGACUUCGAAAACUUCCGAGGGAUAUGGUGUUAUAUUUGCAAAUGGAGAAAACUGGAAAGUGAUGAGAAGAUUUACUCUGUCGACGUUACGAGAUUAUGGAAUGGGGAAAAAGAGUAUAGAAGACAAGAUUACUGAAGAAUGUGAAUGCUUAAUGGAGACCUUUAGAUCUUAUGGAGGAAAACCUUUCAAUAAUCUAGCCCUCAUAAAUACGGCUGUAGCCAAUGUAAUCGUGUCCAUACUGCUGGAUUACAGAUAUGACUAUGAUGAUCCUACAAUACUGAAGCUCAUGAGAUUAAUCAAUGAAAAUAUCAAGGUUGCAGGAAGUAUUAUGAUCAGGCUGUAUGACAGUUUUCCUUGGCUGGUCGGCUGGCUACCUGGGGCACAUAGAAAGACUAUUGAAAACCUCAAAGAGCUUAAGGACUUUGUAAGAGAGACAUUCACACGAAAGGAGAAAGAGCUGGAUGUAAACAAUCAGAGGAACCUCAUUGAUGCCUUCCUUGCUAAACAACAAGAGGGAAAACCAGAGUCUACUUUGUAUUACCACAAUAAAAACCUAAACAUACUGGUCAUCAACCUAUUCGCUGCAGGAAUGGAGACCACCUCAACCACUCUACGAUGGGGCCUUUUGUUAAUGAUGAAAUAUCCUGAAAUACAAAAAAAAGUGCAAUACGAGAUUGAAAAUGUUAUUGGAUCUGCUCAACCUCAGGUAGAACAUAGGAAGGAAAUGCCAUAUACUGACGCUGUUAUUCAUGAAAUUCAAAGAUUUGGUGACAUCGUGCCUGGAAACGUUCCACAUGGAGCAACUAGUGACAUCACAUUUAGGGGCUUUGUUAUUCCAAAGGGAACAACAAUCAUCCCAUUGCUGCACUCUGCUCUGCGAGAUAAAUCUUACUUUGAGAAGCCGGAAGAGUUUUAUCCAGAACACUUUCUUGAUUUGCAAGGAAAGUUCAAGAAGAAUGAGGCCUUCAUCCCCUUCUCAUUGGGUAAAAGAAGUUGUGCUGGAGAGAAUUUAGCAAAAAUUGAAUUGUUCCUGUUCUUCACAACCCUGCUACAGAACUUCACAUUCCAAGCCCCACCAGGUGCAGAGCUGGAUCUUAACUCCACCCCAGGGUUAACUAAUUCCCCAUUACCUCAUGAAAUCUGUGCUAUCCCUCGCAGAUGAGAGAAUUUUUUACCAUUUAAGCUAAAUGUGCCAACUUAAAGGGGUACUCCGCUGCUCAGUGUUUGGAACAAACUGUUCCGAACGCU